GCCGCCGGCCGUGAGGAGGAGCGAGGAGCGCUAAGAUGGCGGCGGCGGCGGUGUUGGAGUUCCAGCGCGCGCAGUCCCUGCUGUCCACCGACCGCGAGGCGUCCAUCGGCAUCCUGCACUCCAUCGUGAAACGCGACGUCCAGGAGAACGAUGAGGAGGCGGUGCAGGUGAAGGAGCAGAGCAUCCUGGAGCUGGGAUCGCUGCUGGCCAAGACGGGGCAGGCAGAAGAGCUGGGGGGGCUCCUGAAGUACGUGCGGCCGUUCCUGAACUCCAUCAGCAAGGCCAAGGCUGCACGCCUGGUGCGCUCCCUGCUCGACCUGUUCCUCGACAUGGAGGCGGCCACGGGCCAGGAGGUCGAUCUGUGCUUGGAGUGCAUCGAGUGGGCCAAGUCUGAGAAGAGGACCUUCCUCCGCCAGGCUCUGGAGGCCCGGCUGGUCUCGCUGUACUUCGACACCAAGCGGUACCAGGAGGCGCUGCAGCUCGGCUCGCAGCUGCUCCGGGAGCUGAAGAAGAUGGACGACAAAGCGCUGCUGGUGGAGGUGCAGCUGCUGGAGAGCAAAACGUACCACGCGCUCAGCAAUCUGCCCAAGGCGCGGGCAGCGCUCACCUCCGCGCGCACCACCGCCAACGCCAUCUACUGCCCCCCUAAGCUGCAGGCUGCGCUGGACAUGCAGUCAGGGAUCAUCCACGCGGCGGAGGAGAAGGACUGGAAAACGGCCUACUCGUAUUUCUAUGAGGCGUUUGAGGGCUACGAUUCCAUCGACAACCCCAAAGCCAUCACGGCCCUGAAGUACAUGCUGCUCUGCAAGAUCAUGCUCAAUGCCCCUGAGGACGUGCAGGCGUUGGUGAGCGGCAAGCUGGCGCUGCGCUACGCGGGGAGGCAGACAGAAGCACUGAAGUGUGUGGCUCAGGCCAGCAAGAACCGCUCGCUGGCGGACUUUGAGAAGGCACUGACGGACUACAAAGUGGAGCUCCGGGACGACCCCAUCAUUAACACUCACUUGGCGAAGCUCUACGAUAACUUAUUGGAGCAGAACCUGAUCAGAGUCAUCGAGCCCUUCUCCCGAGUGCAGAUGGAGCACAUCUCCGGCCUCAUCAAGCUGUCCAAGGCGGACGUGGAAAGGAAACUCUCCCAGAUGAUCCUGGACAAGAAGUUCCACGGUGAGGCCCCGAAGCGCUGCACCCCUCGGGGUGCCGCAGGGGAUCCUGGAUCAGGGGGAGGGGGUCCUCAUCAUCUUCGACGAACCCCCCGUGGACAAAACGUACGAAGCCGCCCUGGAGACGAUCCAGAACAUGAGCAAAGUGGUGGAUUCGCUGUACAACAAAGCCAAGAAGCUGACAUAGGUGAGGGGAGCGCGGCGGCGCUUCGCAGGAGAGCUCCGUGCCCCCCCACCGCCCCCCGUCGUGCGGAGGCGGCGCUGCGCAGCGCUGCGCUGUGUGACGGCGGCGCCGAACCCCGCGGGAGCCGUUUCGUUUCGUUCCACUUUUCGCUCGGAAAGUUUUUAAUCCCCCCUCCCGCCGCAGUUCCGGCGGUGCCGCCCCCCCUCGGCGCCCCUCCCCGCCCGCACAGCGCCUCGGCCGAACGCAGCGCGGAGCGGCGGCCGCUCCGGGCGGUGGGGGCCGUUCUGUGCCCUCUGCUCUGCGCCCCCCGCUGCUGCUGGGGAUGCGGCCCGGCUGCCCCCCCCCCCCAUCCCCACCCCCUCCUCGGCCCCGGAGCCGCCGUGCAGUGCUGGAUGUCCCACACCGCCCCCAUUCCUCAUCACUGCAUCCCCCCCCCCAUCCCCCCCGGUCACUGUGUGGGUUUUGGGCACCGCCGCUGCGUCCGAACGGUUCCGUGCUGCCCACCUCCGCUGUAUCUGAUGUUCAGAUGAGUUCCAAUAAAAUGAGGGUUUUUUGGUUUGGGUUUUUUUCUCUUUCAA